GUUAGGUGGCGAGAAAGAGCGCGCUGCUGUAGGAAACCCGAAUGUCCACCAAUCGCGAGGCUCCUUCCCGAUCCCGACCAAUUGCUUGAGAGAGGUCCGACUGGUGGUUACCAGUCUGGAAACGACGCCAUGUGCACACGUGACUCGCGAGAGCUCCCCGAAGUGCAACCCCAGGAGGUGUCAAAGUACGUGGGGCGUCUUGCCUGGGGAUAGGCUCUCCCAGUUCUAACUCAUUACAGCCUCGCUCUCGUGGAGAAGAGGGACCUGGUACCCUGUAGAGACGCCGCCGUGGAGACCGACUUAAGUUCAGAUUCGGCUUCCAGCACUCCGUAGCGGUCUCAUAACCGAUCUUCCUGCCUCCAAACUUCAUAUCUUGAUACACUAUUUUAAAGUUCUUCUGCCCUCCACCCUAUGAUUGUGUGCACUCGUGAGCGCACUAGGGAACCUGGAGAUCACAGAUUAGACUAGGCUGGUGGACCCAGGCGCUCGAGAUCCUGUCUCUGUCUCUUGGGCGCUGGGAAUUCAGGACGUUGUUGUUGCAGUGGCUACAAUGGGCGGAAUUCAAGGCCCCCUAUUCGUAUGGCAAGUAUGCAAAGAAGCCUGUUUGUCCUGAUGUCUUCAGAGAGACUAUGGAUCAGUCCGGAGUUCUCCUCUGGGUAAAGGCAGAACCUUUUCUAGUGGGUGCUUUGCAGGAGCCACCUCCAUCCAAAUUCAGCCUUCACUACCUCAGAAAGAUAGCCACGUAUGUGCGAACUCGGGCCAUAGAAGGCGCCUACCCACGCCUGUACUGGCCUACCUGGAGGCACAUUGCAUGUGGAAAGCUGCAGUUGGCUAAGGAUCUAGCAUGGCUUUACUUUGAAAUAUUUGAUAAUCUUUCUGUGAGGACACCUGAGGAACGCCUGGAAUGGUCUGAAAUUUUGUCCAACUGUACAACCGAAGAUGAAGUUGAAAAGCAAAGAAGUCAGCUUUAUGUGGACACGCUGCAAUUCCUGCUCUUUCUGUAUAUCCAGCAGUUAAACAGGAUCUCUCUGCGGACAUCAUUGAUUGGGGAAGAAUGGCCCAGUCCCAGAAGCAGACCUCAGUCUCCUAGCCCGACUGAAAGGCCCAGUUGUCACAAUAAGAAUUGGAAUGACUACAGUCACCAGGCUUUUGUCUGUGAUCAUCUGUCAGAGCUCCUCGAGCUGCUUCUAGACCCAGAACAGCUCACUGCAUCCUUUCACUCGACCCACAGCAGUCUGCUCUCACGGGAUGCUGUCAUGGCGCUCAGCUUUCUCAUUGAAGGCACCGUGAGCAGAGCCAAGAAGGUCUAUCCCCUUCAUCAACUUGCACUAUGGCAACCACUGCAUGCAGCAAGUGGCUUCUCAAAGAGCUCUAAGACUUUCUCUCUCUACAAGCUGGAAGCAUGGUUGAGAGCCUCUUUGACCACAAAUCCUUUUGGUCCAUCUGCUUGCCUCAAGUCUGGAAAGAAAUUGGCUUGGGCUCACCAAGUUGAAGGUUCGACCAAAAGAGCCAAGAUUGCUUGCAAUGCUCACAUGGCUCCUCGGUUGCACCGCAUCGUGGUGAUGAGCCAGGUUUAUAAGCAGACACUGGCCAAGAGCUCAGAAACUCUAGUAGGAGCACACGUCAGGGCUCAUCGCUGCAAUGAGUCUUUUAUAUAUCUGCUCUCCCCCUUACGAUCCAUGACAAUUGAAAAAUGCAGGAAUAGUACCUUUGUAUUGGGUCCUGUGGAGACGGCUCUUCACCUACAUGACUGUGAAAAUCUAGAAGUCAUUGCUGUUUGCCACCGACUGUCCAUCUCUUCUACAACAGGGUGCACCUUUCACAUUAUGACACCUUCACGCCCACUUAUUCUCUCUGGAAACCAGGCAGUAACUUUUGCCCCCUUUCAUACCCAUUACCCAAUGCUGGAGGACCACAUGGCCAGGACUGGCCUUGCUACAGUGCCUAACUAUUGGGAUAACCCGAUGGUGGUAUGCAAAGAAAGCUCUGUCACAAGAGUCUUCCGGCUCUUGCCUCCUUCUGAGUUCUACAUCUUUGUUAUUCCCUUUGAGAUGGAAGGGGACACAGCAGAGAUACCUGGGGGUCUCCCCUCUGCCUACCAGAAAGCACUGGCUCAAAGAGAAGAGAAGAUACAUAUCUGGCAGAAAACUGUGAAGGAGGCUCGUUUGACAAAGGAACAGAGGAAGCAGUUCCAGGCCCUUGUGGAAAACAAGUUCUAUGAGUGGUUGGUUAGUACUGGACAUCGGCAGCAGCUGGACAGCCUCGUGCCCGCUCCAGCAGCCUCCUGACAAGUGGCUGCAUAGGACCACGUGGAGCCACAGGGCUCUGGAAACGUGAGGAGGAAGGGAAGAUGACGCCCCCUGAAGCGUGUUGGAAAGGCAUCCUUGCUACCUGCGAGACCUCAAGGCUUCUCCGUAUUCAAGACCUUUUGCUGGUUCCUGUUCUGUACUCACCUAGGUUGAAUUUUAGCCAAACUUCUGACUUUCAUAAAGCAUCUUACUAUAGAAGGUCAGGAGGUCACAUGUGUGGUGCCGAAACGGAACACUGGGCACAGCAGCUCUGUGUGUAUGUUAGUGUCUCAGUGACCAAUACAGGCUUACCAGCUGACUCCAUAUUUUAAUUUGUAGGAUGAAAGAGUUUUGUCCUAGCUAAAGGAGUUAGUCAGCUGUGGUGGCACUUGCUUGUAGUCCCAGGGCUCAGCAGGCAGAGGUAGGCAGAUCUCUGCAAGUUCCAGGCCAGCCUGCUCUGCAUAGUGAGAAUCCUAUGUCUCAGAAACAAGCAAGCAAACGAGCGCACACAAAAGAAAGGAAGGACAAGAAAGAACCGUGCUGUGGUCUUUAUGACUUGCUACUCUCUUUUGAAAGAGCGACAGAAUGGUCUGGUGGUGCAUAAAUACGGCAGAGAUAGUUUUAUAAAAUGGUAUUUUAGGCCUUAA